AUGGAAAGUAAUGUACAAUCUGGUGAAAAUGGAGAGGAAGAAGUCCGUGUUAAUGUACAAUCUGCCGAAAAUGGAGAGGAAGAAGCCCAUGUCAGUUUCGGUAACAAUGGGCAUGAAUUAUCUGAGGAAAAUGGUGGUUCUACUGGAGUGGAGGAUGAGGACGAUGAUGGUGUUGUGUAUGAGAAGAGCAUAUUAGAUUUGACAGAAGAUGAUAUAAUGGGUAUGGAAUUUGAUUCUGAAGAGGAUGCGAUUAAGUUCUAUGAAAGAUAUGGUCAGCGUUAUGGUUUUGGUGUAAGGAAAGACAAUGUCUAUCGUUCUGCUAACGGUUACAUUGUUACUCGUCAACUGGUAUGCAGCAAAGAGGGGGUGAGGCAUAGAAAAUACUUGCAGCGGAGGGACCGGGUUAGAGUUGCAAAGGGAAUUACCAGGGUGUCAUGUCCAGCUCGCUUCCGUGUUCGCUUUGAAAGCAACUCAGGUAAGUGGAAAGUUGCUUACUUUGUCAAGAAUCACAACCAUGUUCUGGCACCUGUGGAUAAAGUCCACUUGAUUUCUUCCUUUCGGCACCUCAAUGAUUCUGACAAGGCUCAGAUUAAUAGCCUUAAGCUACAUGGGGUGAGGACUUGCAACAUAAUGGGCUUGAUGCUGGGGCAGAAAGGUAGUCAUGAGGCAUUGGGUUUUACGAAGAAGGAUCUGUUCAAUCACAUUGAUAAGGAGAAGCGGAAAAGGGUAGGAAACGGAGAUGCAGUUGCUGCUUUGUCAUAUUUUCAGGCUAAGGCUGAGGGUGAUCCAAUGUUUUUCUCCAAGUAUACUAAAACUGAAGAUGAAAAUCUCAAAGACUUAUUUUGGAGUGAUGGAGUGAGCAGAGUGGAUUACCAUGCUUUUGGCGAUGUAAUUGCCUUUGACAGCACCUAUAAGAGGAACAAGUAUAAUAAGCCUCUUGUGAUUUUCUAUGGCUACAAUCAUCAUGGGCAGACAACGGUUUUUGCUUGUGCUUUGGUUACGGAUGAGUCGAUCGAGACUUAUAAGUGGGUUUUGGAGACAUUUGCUGAGUGUAUGUUUCAGAAGCACCCGAAAGGUGUUGUUACAGAUGGUGAUUUAGCUAUGAAAGAGGCAAUAAGUUGUGUCUUUCCUAAUGCCCGUCACAGGUUGUGUGGUUGGCAUAUUCAACAAAAAGCGCUACAGAAACUUAAGAAUUCAGACUUUUUGGAUGAUUUUAAAGUUCUGAUUUAUGACAACUUCAAUCCGGAUAGAUUUGACCAUGUUUGGGCUAAGGUUAUGGAGAAGUAUGGAUUUGGUGAUGAUGAGUGGUUGACAAGAAUGUAUGGGAUGAAAGAAAUGUGGGCAACUGCAUUUAUGAGGGACAAAUUAUUUGCAGGCAUAAGAACCACGUCAAUGUGUGAAGGGAUCAAUUCAUUCAUCAAGAGCUAUGUUCAAUGUAAGAACAGUUUGAUUGAUUUCAUUCAUAAUUUUGAGAGGGAUGUGAAGGAGUACCGACACAAUGAGUUAGUUGCUGAUUUUAACACAAUGUAUACGAAACCUUUGCCCACUACUUCCCUUGGUUAUAUUGAGCGAGGUUUCUCCCAGAAAUUGACAAGGAGCAUGUUCAAUGAAGUUAAAACUCAGAUUCAAUAUGCGGGUGGCUUAAAUAUUAUCCAAAGGACUGAGGUCAAUGAUGUGGUGAUGGUGAAGAUGAACAAGGCUUUGUAUGAAAGGCGUGAGUAUGUGGUUUUAUAUGACAAGAAUUCUUCAAAGUUUGUGUGUGAUUGUGGUCACUUUGAGUAUUAUGGAAUUCCUUGUUCUCACAUGAUAUGUGCAAUGAGAAAUGAGAUACUGGCUGAAGUUCCUGAUAGUCUUAUAUGUAAACGGUGGUCAAGGACGGCUAAGGUGGACUACAUGAAUCAGAUUAAUGACACUGACAUAUAUAAGUUGGCUGACAGUGUUCAAAAGCGUAGGGUGGGAAACAAAACCAUCCGCACUGGACCAUUCUUGAUUGGUGAUCCCGCUGUGGUGAUCACAAAGGGGCGUAAGAAGAAAGGUGGGAAGAAGACAAGGUUAUGCUCAAGAUGCAGAAUGCCUGGUCAUACAAUUCGCACAUGCCCGGAAAUGCGUGAAGGUCAAGGAGUUGGUUCCCACAACACUGCUAUGAGUGAUUCAUCUGUGGAGCUUGAUGAUGUUGAUGAGGUAUUGCCAUAUAAUGUAACUAUGCCUGGAGUCUCCUCACAUGAAGUUGCUGGAAAAGGCAAAGGCAAUGAUCAGAGUGUUAAUGAAGCUUGUUCUCAAGAUUUGAAUUAUCCUUUUAUGACUCCUUUGACUCAGGAGUAUUUUCAUCCUGGAAUGAACAUCAUGGAUGGGUUCACUAUGGUUCCUGAAUUUCCUAAAUGUCAAAAUUUGCCAUCAUACCCUGGGAUUCGCAUAUGUGAACCUGGAUCUUCUACACAAGUCCCAACUUUUGUGGGUUGCUUAAAUGAAGUUGAGCGGAAGGCCAAGGCUGCACACAUUUAUGUUAGCGAUAGCAGUGGAGAAGAUUGA